GGCAGCAAGUACACACACACACACACACACACACACUCAAGCAGUGGGUUGGAUAACGUGAUGUAAGUUAUACGUAGCUUUCUAGUACUUUGGUGUGUGCGAGUGUGUGGUGUUACGCGAGGGAAGCAGAUGUGCUGCAGGCUGACAACUGCUUUGAGCAGUGAAUGUGAGAAGCCCUGGUGAGGAAGCACUGCCAUGGCCGCCGCCACCACUGCCACUGCCGCCAGUGCUGCAGCAGUGGAUUAUUCGCAUCUCAAACUGAUGUGCAUCUUGAUGGAUCCAGGAGCAACCGUGCUCUCUCACGCUCUGAAAUGCGGCACAAAUAAGACCGCCUCCGUCACCAUCUUGGAACACCUGAACAACCUCCCAGACACCUCGACGGCCAACUACUGCAUGCUGAACGGUGAGCAGAAGAGGAGGGCGUUUACCCGCCCUGAAAAAAAACAAAUGGCCAAUGACCCCUCGUGCCAAAGCUUUGAUAUAACACUGCUUUACAAGUGCAUAAGACAGGCCUGUGAAAAUGUUGCAGGACUCAAUGAUGCACGCUGGCAAGAUGAUACAGUGAUGGAGGGCCUGCUCACUAAGAUCAAAGAAGAAAGAAACACCUGUGUGCAUGAAAGACCUCAGAUGACAGAUGAACAGCAGUUCCUGGACAGUGUUGAGGAGCUCAGGAGCCUCUUCAUCACAGCCCUUCAGGCCGUCAAGGACAGAUAUAGAGUCUCUGACGCUGACACAACAAGCGUCAGAGACAGCAUAACAAGACGCAUACAAGAUAUAUCGAAGGCCUUUGAUGACGAAGUCAUUUUACUGAUGAAUUUUCACAAACGUCUCCAUUUGUUUCUGCAAGUGUCAGUGAGUCACCUGAGAGAGCUUUAUAAACAGUAUGAGUAUUUUGACCCACUGUCCUUCCUCAGUGGAUCCCAAGAACGGGUCCACGUCCAGACCGUAUUUUCAAAACUUGUCCUUGAACAGAAACCCACAUCCCUAGAAAUUGACUCAUUAGAACUUUUAAAAGUUGUAACAGCAGAGUCUCAGGGCUCGCAGCCUGUCCAGGACCAAAGGCCACGCCUCGCUGUGGUGAGCGGCGUCGCCGGGAGUGGCAAGACCACCCUGCUCACUUUCAUCUUGUCGGAGUGGCUCAAGGAAGAGUGUGACCGCCGCGUCACACACCUGGAGGAGUACGACAUUGUACUCAGGAUGCUGUGCCGGGACACAGAUGCCGAAGAUCUGGAGACGUUCCUGGGCCUGGUCCUUCCACCUAAUCUCUCUUGUCUGAAAGUGCUUAACAAUUCUCUCAUUGGCUAUUUAAAGCACUGUAAAGUGCUCUUCCUCAUCGAUGGUCUGGACGAGCUGAACAGCACCUCUGAAAAGCUCGUCACUAAUAUUCUGAAUACAACUAAAUAUAACAAAAAUUUCUCAAUUCUCGCCACCUCACGACCAGAGCGAGUGCACCAGUUCUUGGCCCGCACGCGACAGGACUAUAAGCAGUCGGAGAUAUCUAUCGAGGGGAUUCCUGCCUCUAGGAGGAUGCAGUUUGCAGAGCAAUACUGCAACCCAAAAAACCAAGAUAGACUGAGGGAGUUCAUGAGAGAACACGGCGAUAUGACCUUGUUUGAGCUUCCUCUCAACCUAUUAUUUCUGGUUACAUUAUUUGAAGAGAAUCCUCAUUGCAUUAAGGAAAACACUACCCAAUCCACUUUGUAUACCCACAUCCAAGAGUGGUGCACAGAAAAGCUGUGCGCCAGAAUAUCCAUGGAUCCCACGUGGCAGAAGAAGAAGACACAGACUCUUAGGACGAGGAUAAAAAGUGUGGUGAAAGAGAUGUACCAAAUAGCGCUACAAGGCCUGCUGCAGGACAGACUGAGCCUCUCAGAGGAGGACACAGAGCGGCUGAUGGAUUGCUGCAAGAGAGAAGACCUGCCUGCCCAACAAGUCCUGGGAGCCUUCUUCACCCUGCGGUUGUCCAUCACCAACAGAGUACACCAAGAAAACUACUCCAUGCCCCACAAAGGGCUGCAGGAGUACUUUGCUGCUCGAUACAUCAUGCAGCGCCUUCAGGAUGGGUCCCACCCAGGGCCAGGGGCCAUUAAGAGCCUGCCACAGGGUGCCACUCAGCCAGAGACACAGCCUCUAUUUCGUCAUGAUGAAUCCCCACCAGAACAAAGGAAGAUAAGGAGCCAGCUUCAGGAUGCCAUUCAGUUAAUAACUCACUCUCUACUUCCUGAUGAAUCCCUCCCAGUACCAAGAGCCAUUAACAGCCUGCUUCAGGGCGCCACUCAUCUGAUAACUCAGUCUUUACUCCUUCAUGAUAAAUCCCUCCCAAAACGAGGAGCGGUGCCUCAGGGCACCGCUCAGCUGAUAACUCAGUCUGAUGAAUCCCACCCAGAACGAGGAGCUGUUAAGAGACCGCCUCAGGGCACCGCUCAGCCACAGACAGGACUUUUCCAUUGUGGAUCUCCUCCAGGACCAGUGACCAUUCAGAGCCUGCUUGAGGGUGACACUCAGCCAAAGACACAGCGUUUAAAUCUUCGGGGUCUACGUAACCUUUUCUUUCACGUGGCGGGCCUGUUGGUCACAGAAGAGGUACCAAACUGUCCCGAGACCAUAAAGGAGGUGAUAAAGCUUCUGUGGAAGACAGGCGCAGCAUGGAAUGAGUGGCUUUCACUAGUGGAAGACACGGAUUAUAAUGAAAGCUUUCUGCAGGGCAUUGCUCACCAUAUCACAGAAGAAAAUGCUAAUGCCAGAGCAGUGAUAGAAGACAAUAUGUUGGCCAGCGCUGUGGCACUGCUCCCCCGUACUCCUGCAACAACAGUGAUAUUAUAUCUGGAGAACGAAAAAGUUAAUGUGGAGAAUGUUCGUGCCUUGAUUCAUCAUCAUUCCCCUCGGUUGUAUCUGUUACACCAUUACAAGCAUCCCAGCAACAUACCUGCCUCAGACACUGUGCUGCGCGCCAUAGACAGGAGUCGCCUUGAUUACUUCUGUGGUCACCUGAGUGCUAAUUGCGUGGCGCUGCUCCCUGAAUGCCUUGUUGUGCUGCGCUUGGCCAUAUCUAGCGAUGAGCUUGCUGCCAGCCUCCCAGCAGCCCUCACCCGAGCUGCCUCAUCUCUGUAUAGGCUGGGAAAACUUGUCAUACACGUCCCUGUGGCAAUGGUAACACCAGCAGCGGUUCUGUCACCACUGCCUGACAUCAGAGACGUGUCCCUGGCCUUGUCUGGCGUGGACAAAAGCCUGAUGGAGGAAGCGUGUCAUGUGGCAGCAGCUCUCCAGCCUAGGACAGGAUAUAGAGAAAUGGCAUUCCCCCGGGGCAGGAUGGAGGCAGCAGAGUGGCGGCGCCUGCUUCACCUCCUCAAGGACGCGCGGGUCAGGGUGACGAGGGAGUAUGGAAGUUUUUUGAUACCAGAGGAAACCAUCACUGAGGAGGAGGAGUGGAGAGAGCUGGAGGACGUCACUAUCAAUUUGUGGGGGUGUAAGGUGUUCAGGGAAUCUGACGAGAUAUGUUUCUUGUCAGCCUCAAUUUGUGACUUUUGAGUCUGAUGAAGAAGAUGAAGAUGAGGAGGAGGAGGACUUAAAAAAUUUAACCUGCUCCACAGCCUGCUGCAUCACCACCACAGCCACCUCCACCACAGCCUGCUACACCACCAUCACAGCCACCACAACACAGUCACUCCACCACAGCCAAAAGUAGUGGAGACAAAGCGGCGCCCUUUGAAACACUUGAAACACUUGAAACACUUUAUUAUACUUUGCAUGAGUUAAAACAUAGAUUAAAUAUAUUUUUGAAUAGCAAAGCAGCCCAUAUAAAGCCGAGACUUUUUGGGCAGUAUUACUUAUAAGAUAAUUAAAUUAUCUUCUCAACCCCAUUCCAUAUGUUGCCAGUAGCAUAGGCAAUAUCUUUACAUACACAAAUAUACAUAUUAACUUUGUCCAUACAUACAUGUAUACUAGCAUGCAUCCGCCCAUACAUACACACAUUCACACAAAAUCAUAACACACAUAGGCAUAUAAAUGAUAUAUGUAAUAUACAUACACAAAUGCAAACACGCAUAUAUACACAAUAUUUUAUUACAAUGUACGUGACACCAGUGACAUAACUAUUUAUUUUAUUUUAUUUUGUUUUAUGUUGCCUGAUUGAUUGAAUGUUUGAUUGUCAAUUUAAUAAGUGGAAAUUAUAUGUUUCUUAAUUUUUUUUUUAAAUGAAAGUAUUGUGGGUAAUAAUCUAAUGUGUUCUGGAAUCGAAUUCCAUGUUUUUGGGCCAGUAUAAGAUAAUGAAUGUUGAAAUAUCGUUAGGUGGUGAAGUGGUAUGGAGAGGUUGUCUCGAGCACGUGUAGGAUAGUUAUGUUGAUGUCUUAUAGCUGUAUUGUUUGUGUCUUUAAUUUGUUUGUACAUCUGAAUUCCAAUUUGCACUUUAUUAAUAUCAAAUAACUUCAAUAUAUUUGUCUCUUUGAAAAGAAAUUGUGUAUGAGCAAAAUAGUCACUGAAUGUUAUGAUUCUAAUUAUUUUUUUUUGCAAUCUGAAGAGUGUUAUCAGGUGUGUUAGAUAGGUGUUGCACCAGAUAGGUAUGCAGUACUGUAAGUGUGGUAAAACAUGUGCAUUGUAUAAAAUUAUAAGUACAUAUUGUGGAACUAAAUCUUUAAUCUGGUACAGGAGGGAAACAAUCCUGGAUAAUUUCAGCAUGAGAUUUGAUAUGUGUGGUUUGAAAGUCAUAUUUUCAUCAUAGGUUAUUCCUAGUAAGUUAUGGUGAUUAGUUCUAUUAAUAAUCUUAUCAUGAUAAAACAGAGGUGGCAGUAUAUUUAUGGGCUUAUUGGUAAAUAGCAUGUAAUAUGUUUUGCUGGGAUUUACAGUUAGUCUAUUACUUGUACACCAUUUGUGGAAGGUUUUUGCACAACAAAGAGAGUGGCUGGGUGCAGACUCUGCCGGCAAGGAAGCAACAUGGGAAACACUUCAGGGAGAAAGACCAGCGGGACCGACAGUGGACAGCUGGAUGACUCGGCGGGCAGCCGGGAGAGGAUGGCCAAGCAAGGCCAGACCCAUUGCUGGCCAGGAGAAUGGACUCAGCCGAGGAGAUGCACAUGUGUGUCCCAUGGGAAAGAGCUGCCGUGUCACUGCAGUAGUGACGCUGAAGAGGACAUCAAGGAGAACGAGUCAUGCGAGGCGAGCCACACAACCUUCAGAAACGUGUCAUUCUGUCUGCAGAUGAUGCCUCAAUAUUAAGAGAAUGACAAGCCACACUGACUGUGGAAUUCCUCACACUGACUUGAACAAGACCUCACAGUGGAGCAAGGCACAGGAAAGGAAGAUCAUUGCAUUACCUACUGCAGAGAGAGAGAGAGAGAG